GGUAAGUGUAUCUAAUUGUAAACACACUGAUAUAAAUCUUAAUAUAACAUAACCUAACAUUUAACCAAAGCGUUGUAAUUCCAGUGUUGCAUUUUGAAAUGUUAAUAAAUUAUUAACUCGGCUAGGUAGGUCUAUAAUUAUAUAGGCCUACCUCCUUGAGACAGUUGGAUAGUGCUAAUGCGCGCAGUACAGAGCUCGGUUGAAGAAAAGACUACAAAUAUUGUCACAUGGUAAGAAAGCCCGGAAAUAAUUUGUCAAAUCCGGCGCAGAUAACACAAGUAGGGAAAUGUGGCGGGCGUAAGAACACACAACAGUUUGCAAUAGAUAUCCCUUUCAGUGUCGAUCGGAAGACGGUUGGGUUACGUAGCUCAAAUUCCUUUCUCUUGCUUCGAGCAAUGUAGGCUGAUGAAACGGAACAGACGGCAAAAACUUCGUAUAACUGUACACAUUAUUCUACAUGGACAAAGACAAGUUCGCUGUGAGCCAUGACCCAUGCUCCUGGUUUGAGAUGCACCAGUUCAUUGGAGACCUGAUGGUCUCUGGGGGGGCUCUGGGGCUAAAAGACGCCCCACCAGCAGCCCCAGGCUCAGCCCAGCCCAGACAGGCCCAGGCAGAGAGCAUUAGAGAGGCCAGAGACGGAGACGUCAGUGGACAAGCUCAGCACCAUACCUGCACUUGCCCUGGCUGCCCCUACUCUUCCUCCUCUUCCUCCUUCCAGACCAUAAAGCCCAGAGGCACUGUGUCCUCACAGCCCGAGCCCAGCAGCACCUACAGCCCAGAGCUCAGUCAGCCCCAGAGUCAGGACAAGGAGACCAGCACCCAGAGCCCCAGCCCAGCCCCUACCACUCCCACUAACCAGGGUACUUCUUCACCAAGCCCCCUGCCCCAAAUCCCCACCUUCCCUUGUUUCUGCUGCCGCCGGGGCUUCCAGACCUGCACCCAGCUACUGCACCACCAUCAGGGGGCAGCAGACUUUCCAUUCUCCCAGACGCACACCCACUACCACCACCACUGCCCCCUUACCACCUGCCUGCCCCACCACCACUCCCACCCUGGCCUGGCCCCUGGCACCUUCGCCUGCCUGUCCUGCCAGCAUUCCUUCCCCUCCUGCUCCCAUCUCCUCUGCCACCAGCAGGUACACAAACCCCCCCAGAACCAUGUUGGAGGGGUGACCACAGUGUCCCCCACCCUACACCCAUGCAUGCACUGUACAGCCUCCUUCCCCCGACCCUCUCAGCUGCUACAGCACCAGCGCACCCAGCACGCUCACAAGGCCGGCGGCUUCCUGUGCACCGAGUGCGGGCGCGCCUUCAACUCCCACUCCAACCUCCGCAUCCACCUCAARGUACACACCGGCGCCCGGCCCUACUCUUGCCCUGACUGCGGCAAGAGCUUCAGCCAGUCGGGAGCGUUGAAGAUCCACCGGCGCAUUCACACUGGGGAGAGACCCUAUGCCUGCYCCUACUGUGGGAGGGGCUUCCCCCACCUGGCCGGGGUCCGGGCCCACCAAAGGACCCACACAGGUGAGAAGCCCUACCGCUGCACCCAGUGUGGGAAGUGCUUCACUCAGUCGGGGGCACUGAAGAUCCACACAAGGAUCCACACCGGGGAACGGCCGUUUGUAUGCAGCCUCUGUGGGAAGGGCUUCUCCAACCGCUCCGGCAUCCGCUUCCACCAGCGCACUGUCCAUGGGAUGGUGUCAGAUAUGGGCGGGGGUGGAGGAGCCGGUGGGUCCCAUAGGGGGAGACAGAGUCUAGYCAGCUCAGCUGCUGUGGAACGCCCCAGUGCCAAUCCAAACAGGUUACGCAACAACCCKCAUACUGACGUGAGCUCCAGCAUUACUCCUGCCCCGACCAAAAUCCUUUCCCCUGGGUCUCUCCGUGCUCCUCCAGGGUCAGGUCUGACUGUAACCUCAGACAAAGAGCUCCAGUUCCAGUCUAGCAGUGUGAAGAUCCCCUCCAGGAGAGCAGAACCGGGCAGUAGCAGGGAAGGGAGGGCUCAGCUGUACACUUGUGAGGACUGUGGGCUGCUUUUUGGGGACGCUCCCUCCAGAAACCGACACCAAACUGUGGUGCACUACUCUACAGAAGGGGUAGAGGAGGAGGGCCUGGGGGACACUGGGGGGGAGGGGUGAGAGAGAGAGGGGGAAGAGGGAGAGAUGGUAGAUGGAAGCUUGAUGCAGUACAUCGUUGGAUCAAAGGCUAAGGGAGAGGUGGGGAAAAAUGGAGAGGUGAGAAGAGGCAGAAAGCUUGAGACUCAUCGAGGGAAAAAAAGAUAAAGCUAAUUCCACAGUGAAAAAUAAACUGUCUCUAUCAAUGGGAUAUAUUACUUAUUUGAGAUUGAAUUUCCACUUUAAAAGAUGCACUCCAGGCCUAAGGAAGUCUUUUGCGAUAGUGUUCACAUUUUGCGAGUCCAAUUUUCUCUUUGUCAAAAGCCAAAUACCAUGAUUAGGCUACUAAAGAUGAUAUUUGAGAGCUUUGGAUUAUUUUUUAUUUAUUUUACUGGUUUGGCAAAAUCCACAGAUAACAUCAUCUCAAAUGUAUGACACUGUAAGACAUUGUCCCAUAGGGCGGCGCACAAUUGGCCCAGCGUCGUCCGGGUUAGGGGAGGGUUUGGGCGGGGUAGGCUGUAAAUAAGAAUUUGUUCUUAAUUGACUUGCCUAGUUAAAUAAAGGUUAAAUAAUACAUAAAAAGUAAGUGCAGAAGUGAGGAUAUGUUGUAUUUAGCAUCAUUAUGUAAUAUAUAUUUUGUAAUAAUAGAAACUGAUAUUGUAUGUCUAUAGGCCCGUAUAUACUUGUGUAUAUCAGUUUAUCUAUUUAGCUCAUUGUGCCUUUGAUCUCAGAUUAGAUCAUUCUAGUACAUAAAAAAAUUAUAUAUUUGCAUAAACCACACUGUACUAAACUUCAUGACAACUGAUAUGUUAGUGUUUUAGUGAUUUUAUUGAGGAUCAAUAUCUUCACUGUUGGAAGAUGAGCUCUUAUACAAAGUAUUUUUUAAUCAGGAUCAUUUCUGAGAGACACAUGGUUUGUUGACCUGUUUUCUAUUGCUUCAGAUCUCCACCUAGUGGUCAUUUAGAAGCAUAGCAGCAGAAACACAGGCUCUGAAACUAGUCUGUCUAGGCUACAGGUGUCACUCAUUCCAUGGGGGUCCGAGUGUCUUCAGGUUUUAGCUGCUCCCUUGUCCUUGAUUUAUGAAUUGCUGUCACUAAUUAUUAAGGAACUCCCCACACAUGGUUGUCUUGGGCUUAAUUGAAAGGAAAAAACAAAAACCUGUAGACACUAGGCCCUCC